AUGAGGAUUGCCAUCAAAGCACAAGUCCUUGCAGAUUUCCUUGCGGAAUACACUUAUCCAGAACCAGAUGAGUUACCCAAAGAGGAACCAAAACCUUGGGUCCUUCAGGUUGAUGGAUCAACAACCAGAGAAGCAAGCGGAGCUGAAUAUGAAGCUCUUGUCGUUGGAUUGGAACUGGCUAAGGCCAUUGGUGCCAACCAUGUGUUAGCCAAAAGUGAUUCACAGUUGGUUGUAGGACAAGUCCUAGGAGAAUACACUGUGAAAGAAGAGGUAAUGCAGAAGUACUUGGAUAAAGUAAAGGCCCAAGUUGCUAAGCUACAAAGCUUCAGUAUUGUCAGGAUCCCAAGGGAGGAGAACAUUGAAGCUGAUUAUUUGGCAAAACUGGCCACGGCUAAGGAGGAUGCUAUUCCAGGGAAUACCCCAGUACGAUACUUGGAAUUAUCAAGUAUCUUUGCCCCAAACGUACAAGUUCAAGCUAUUGACUACAACAGUUCAUGGGCAGGCCCCAUAGUUGAGUACAUAACAAAUGGGACCUUACCAGACGACAAGGACAAAGCUAGGCAGCUCAAGAUCAAGGCUGCAAAAUACCUAAUGAUGGGAGAUAUGCUGUAUAGAAGGAGCUUCUCAUUACCAUACCUUAGAUGUCUGACCACGGCAGAAUCUAUACGGGCUAUGGAAGAGGUCAACCAAGGGGUAUAUGGGGACCACCAAGGUAGCCGCAUGUUAGCCUACAAACUCCUUAGGUUGGGAUACUACUGGCGAAGCAUGCAAAAAGAUUGCAACUCUAUGGUCCAAAAAUGUGAGAAAUGCCAACGCUUUGUAAACAUCAUUCAUGGAUCCCCCACGACCUUAACUCCAAUGAAGGGACCUUGGCCGUUUGCCCAAUGGGGAGUAGACCUAAUUGGCCCACUCCUUAAAGCAGCAGGCCAAGUCCAGCAUGCCAUUAUAGCUGUGGAUUAUUUUACAAAGUGGGUCGAAGCUAAGGCACUGGCCACAAUCACAGCAGAGGUUACAAUUGAUUUCUUAUGGAAGAUAAUCAUUAGCCGUUUUGGUUACCACGAGUGA